CUGGGCCUUCUUUGUCUAGCUGCAACUCUUCUGAGCCCAUUAUACACUAUGCCGAAGGCGGACAUAAACAAGGCUGGAUGGGAACAGAGCGAGUUCCCUAUCCUAUGUGAGACAUGCUUGGGUGACAAUCCCUUCGUUCGUAUGUCGAAACAAGAGUUCGGUCGUUCUUGUGGCACCUGUGCCCGACCUUUCACCGUCUUCCGCUGGAACCCUGGAACCGGUAUGCGGUUCAAGACCACCGUCAUUUGCCAGACCUGCGCCAAGAUCAAGAAUGUCUGCCAAACAUGUCUCCUGGAUCUCGAGUAUGGGCUCCCGACGCAAGUUCGCGACACCGCGCUGGGUGUGGAGAGUGAAGCACCUACGAGCGAAAUCAACCGGGAGUACUAUGCUCAGAAUAUGGAGAGCAAGCUUGACGGUGCGGCGAAGUCCCUCCUGGACCUCAACCGGACAUCUAGCGCAGGCAAGGACAUGUUGAAGCAGCUAGCCCGCACCGACCCUUACUACAAGCGCAACAAACCCCAUGUCUGCUCCUUCUACGCCAAGGGAGAGUGCAAUCGUGGCGACGCUUGCCCUUACCGCCACGAGAAGCCCGUACAAAAUGAGUUGUCAAAACAAAACAUCCAGGACAGAUAUCAUGGACGCAACGAUCCGGUCGCGAAGAAGAUCAUGUCUACUCAUGCUGCGAAUAUGGGACUGCAACCACCAGAAGAUCAGAACAUUACCUCUCUAUUCCUCUCCCAAUUGUCCCCGUCCUCCACGGAGGAGAGCGUACGAACUCGGGUCCUGAAGUCAUUGCCCGCCGUGCAGCCUUCGCAGCUGAAAUCGGUUGUCCACGUUGGGAAGUCCAGGUGUGCCUUUGUGAACUGGAGAGAUAGGGCUACCGCAGAGCUUGCAGCCCAGGCGUGGGCAAACGGACUCGAGAUUGAUGGAGAGACAGUGGGCGUUCGGUGGGGCAGGAGCAAGGCGGCUUCGGGCUCGAAGUCAGGAAACGCCUUCGCGUCGUCUUCCUCUGCCGUAGCGGCUUGAGCGAGGGCACUAGGUGUACCGUUACGUUGAUAUGUAUGCUACUUGUACCAUUAGUUU